AUGUGUGACGAUAAGAAGGACGCUGAAGUCGCCUCGGGAGCGGCAGAAACGCCCGAGCAGACACAAAACGAAGAAAACGGAUGCGAAGACACAAAGACAGAGGGAACUUCUGUGGAUCGGCGGCCACAAGCGGAGGAAGAAGAAGAAGUCGUGGAGGGCAAUUGGAACACACGCAAGGUUGAAGUCAAGGAGAUCAAAGUCGUCACCGGAGAGGAGGAUGAAGAAUUGUUCUGGCAGCAACGUUCCAAGCUCUACCGCUUUGCCACGGACACUGACGGCGAACAAGUGUGGAAGGAGCGUGGUCUGGGCGAGUCAAAGCUGCUGAGGCACAAAAAAACGGGUAAAAUACGCUUCUUGUUGAGGCAGGAAAAAACCCUCAAAGUUGUUGCCAAUCACUACGUCCUCGAAACGGAAUCGCUUUGCAGGCUCAGGCCCAAUAUCGGUAGCGACAAGAUUUGGGUGUGGACCGCGAACAACACCUACGAUGAUGAGAGCAAGGUCGAGCAGAUGGCACUUAAGUUCGGGCAUAUCGAACAUGCAAGAAUCUUCAAGGAAAAGUUCGAGGAGGCGGCAAAGAUAAACAAGAAGAUAUUCGAAUCCGAAAAUUCCAAAAACUGA